UUCUCUGGGAGUUACCCACACCUGGUCAACAAGAUUCAGACUCUGUGGAUUCUGGAUCUUACCUGGACACAGCCAGUUUAUCCACCAGAGAGUCACCUCAGAGUCCCUCAUUUUUUAUCAAGAACUAUCUGCGAAGUGUAUCAAAGUGGCUCUUACCCUUUCCCAUUCCAUCCUUCUCUUAUGAUGUGGAGUUAAAGUUACGCAAAGGCAAUGAAGAAUAUGAAAAAAGCAAGAAAGGCAUCAACAUUACAAGAGACAUGAAGAUGGACAUUUUGGACAAGAUUGCUCAGGCAGUUUUUGAUGUGAAAGCCUAUCCUGAUCAAGACCAGAUUGAGUCAGUUGCUUCUGCUCUCAUCAGUACACACCCCUGCCUUCGAGAACCAGGAGGUGGAACAGGGUUUGAUGGUUGGAAAAUGAAUAUAAAAUACAAACUAGGCAAUUACAGGUCCAAACUACGUCAGGCAGGCUGUAAUGAGGUUAGCAUUAACCAGAAGAAACAGAGCCAUGAAGAUGAUGGUGCAGGUCCUUCUUUAAAGAGAGCAAAGCGAGGCGAGAUUAACCAUGUCCCAGACCAUCCAGACAACUACAGUGAUGAACCACUAGAGGAUGAAAGACUGGCUCUGGUUGAGGAGUUUAAGAAGAGGAAUAAGAAUGUUGCACUCAUAAGACAAAAGAUGGAGCUUACUUUCUCUUUGAGGUGUAAGGAGAUUGUGGAGAUGGAGCCUAUGGUGUCAGAGGUCCAGGAACGGUGGCCUGCUAUGUUUUGCGAGGCAGAGAUCAGGGAAGAGUUUCAUGGCAUCACCAACAAGAGCCUACUAGACAACUUCAGAGCAGCCAUUAAUCACCACACUCCAAGGCUUCUUCAACUCUAUCGGACGAGGAAGACAGCUUUUCCACCAGAGAUGAAUGGACUUCUUCAGAGACUUGACAUCUGACAUCACAGCACAUCGCCAAACUGCAGCCAUGAAGGGCCUUCCCUUGUUUCUUCGUGACAGUCAUGAGAAGCUCUUCAGAAACUGUUGUGCCACUGACCCAGAGGAGGAGCAGACAAAGGGCGUCAUUGUGGGUAUCCUCACUGUGCUGGAGGAUGAUGAUACUGCAGCUCCCGCGAGUGUCCUGAGUGUUGCUGUGGUUGUAGAAGAAGCCAUUGUCCUAAAAGAUCUCCCUGACCUGCCAACAGCUUUGGCUUACCUGUUUGGGCUGAUCUACGCUCUAAACCUCAGGUACCCAAAAGACCUGAGGUACACAUUCGAGACAAUCCAGAACGUUUUUAUGGAUCUUGGAACAGACCGGUCUGCAAGGGUCAGAUCCCUGAGAAACAAACUCCUUCAUUGAGCUGACCAUUUCAAUGCUUAAAGUUCUCACAGCUGCAUUGUUAAUAGUUUGAUUAGAUUAAUAAAGAUGAAUCUAUACUUGUUCUGUUUGCUGUUGAAUCCAUGACAUGUUAUAUUCAUUGAUGAAUGGGUUAGAUUACUUAACCUCCAUGUAUACUAGUAUACAAUGUUACAGCAACAGUUCACUGCUAAGAUUGGGACAGUUAAUUGUCUCAUUAGUUUGUAUUUUUCUGUUUGUUUUCUUCAAUAUGUAAGAUAUUGAAUUUGUGUGAAUUGAUUACACAUACUGUACCAUUGAGCAGUAUUACAGAAGCAUUUGCUGAUAAUUUUCAGACUGAAAGUUCUCACAGUAGCCUUAAGAGUUAUUAGAUUAAUAGUGUUUAAUCUCUACAUGUUGGUAUUUGUGUUCUGUAUGUGACAUGUUGUUGUGUACAUGACAGUGUUUUUUAAUCUUGGGUAGUAUAUUGCUUAACCUCAAAGAUGGAUGCAGUGUUACAGCACAAGUUCACUUCUGAGAUUGGGACAGUUUUGGGUCUGAAGUUAUUUUGAACAGACAAAAUAAAACCAAAGUUUUGAACGUC